CGCAAGUACUCGAAGAAUCAUACAAGAAACAAUCUCAGAUCUUCUAUCCUACAUUUUCAACUGUCCACGUUUUUUUUUCCCAACAACGAGACCACCACCUGAUCGAUGGACCGGGUGACAAGGCUGGCAUCGCAGCGUGCAGUGGUGAUCUUCACCACGAGCUCCUGCUGCAUGUGUCACACAGUGACGCAGCUCUUCCGUGAGCUCGGGGUGAACGCAACGGUGGUGGAGUUGGACGAGGACCCUCGGGGAAAGGAGAUGGAGAAGGCACUGGCGAGGCUGCUGGGCCGCAGCACCGGUGUGCCAGCAGUGUUCAUCGGCGGCAGGCUCGUUGGGUCCACGGACAAGGUCAUGUCGCUCCACCUCAGCGGCAACCUCGUCCCGCUGCUGCGCAAUGCGGGGGCACUCUGGGUGUAGCGUGCCUUGUGCUCUGAGUCAGCUGAUGAUAUAUAAGUUAGUUUUACUGACAUAAUGUCGAUCCAAAUUAAGGGCUUCAGUAUUUUGUAAGAGUACCUGGUAAUUUGAGGAGUGAGAGCGUUUCCUCCCUGAAAUGCACUGGCCAUGGACAAUUGGACAUA